AUGUUUCUGGUAAACGAAACCAUAUCGGAGGGCGCCAUGCUGUUGCCCAUGGCUCGGACAGCUGGCGAAAUGCCGAAGCUGUUGGGAUGGAACCUGCCACCCGAGGAGCAGUAUCUAGUGCACGAUCACUGGAAGGGUUUUCCGGCACCACCCUACUACAUGCAUCUGAUGCUGGCCAUGAUCUACUUCGUACUGAUGAAUACUUCACUCAUUGGUAAUGGUAUCGUGUUGUGGAUCUUCGGCACCUCGAAAACCCUUCGCAAUGGCUCGAACAUGUUCAUCAUCAAUCUGGCCAUCUUCGAUCUGCUGAUGAUGUGCGAAAUGCCCAUGUUCCUGGUGAACUCGUUCUCGGAGCGAUUGAUCGGGUAUGGGUUAGGCUGCUCGAUAUAUGCCGCCCUCGGUAGUAUGUCCGGUAUCGGUGGUGCCAUUUCGAAUGCCGUGAUCGCAUUCGAUCGCUAUCGUACAAUUUCCAAUCCACUUGACGGACGACUCAGCCGUGUACAAGCAGCCCUAUUGAUCUGUCUCACCUGGCUGUGGACGAUGCCCUUCACGCUGUUGCCACUGUUCGAGAUCUGGGGUCGGUACAUCCCGGAGGGCUAUCUCACAACCUGCUCGUUCGACUAUCUCACCGAUGACCAGGACACGCGCGUUUUCGUUGGCUGCAUCUUUACCUGGGCGUACGCGAUACCGAUGGUGUUCAUUUGCUACUUCUACGCCCGGCUCUUUGGCCACGUACGUCAACACGAGCUGAUGCUGAAGAACCAGGCCCGCAAGAUGAACGUCGAGUCGCUCACGGCAAACCGCAACGAGAAGGCACAGGCUGUUGAGAUGCGCAUUGCCAAGGCCGCCUUUACCAUCUUCUUCCUGUUCGUGUGCGCCUGGACACCGUACGCCAUCGUUACGAUGAUCGGUGCGUUUGGAGACAGGACGAUGCUAACACCGCUCGUCACGAUGGUACCAGCGGUUUGCUGCAAGAUCGUAUCUUGUCUCGAUCCGUGGGUGUAUGCGAUCAGCCAUCCCAAGUACCGCCAGGAACUGGAGCGCCGUCUGCCAUGGAUGGGCAUCAAGGAGGCGGAUGACAAUGUCAGCACGACCGAAAGCAAAGCAACUGUCGUCGUUGAACAGGCCUCAGGUAACGGUGGAGAAAACGGGGCCAACUAA